AUGGUGUUCGAGGAUGAGAGGAGCGACGACUACUCCAGCCUGCAGUACAUCAAAUCCUCUAAUGACGGUAUGCAGUACCAGAUUCCUGCUAGCAUUGAAGACCAAGACUACAUGGGCAUCGAGACAGCACCCCAGGGUUUUUGCGUGGAGCAUCGGCUGCCAGUUGAGCUUCGUGUAGCCUUUGAAGGAUUUGAGACGGACACGAGGUUUCUAGUUUGUGCUCAGCCCGGUGCUAAGGAGAGCAGAGCUGAGGUUACCAGUGCAGCUGUGACCGGUAUGAAGACUGAGAUGGAGAAGAAAGAGGCAGAGAACUUGAAGCUGCAAGAGAAGUACGUAGUGCUUACGAACCUGGUAGAAGCUCAAGGUAGUGUCAUCAGGAACCUGAAGAUGAAUCAUUUGAAACAGAAGGAAAAGCUAAGUGAAUACAAUAGAAAUUUGAAGGUUUAG